CAGUGCGCCACUCGUGCAAGAUGCCGUGGAACAGCGACAGUAGCGAAAAUUACAUCGCCGAUGCACCCACCGAUGACACCGUAACGCCGCAGGAUGUUGCACUUGUGGCACAACGUUUCACCAAGGAUCCGUCGGUUCGGGUACUUGGGUACGACUUGAAGGCCUAUUCUUCCGACAAGCUCGGAUUUUCGGGAUGCCACAGACAACUGACGAUCAAAUUUAAGAAAAAUCACGCAAAAAGCUCCGAGACGAUAAAGCUGUUCGUGAAAUCCGUGGCCUACGACAACAAGGAGCAGAGCGAGUUGAUGACGGAUGCGGGUAUUUUCGUCGAGGAGCACAAUUUUUUCAACAGCAUCAUCCCGCAGUUGCUGGAAAAUUACGCGGGCGAGCAAUUUGCCCCAAUUUGUUACUUGUCGAAGGCAGAUUGUUUGAUCAUGGAAGAUCUCAGGUGUCACAAUUACCAAUUGCGCGCCAGCUUUUUCAACUGCCACCCGGAAGUCGAGUCCGCGCUCUCAACCUUGGCUCGGUUUCACGCCUCUACCAUCAUUGCCGAGGCUAAACUCACGCAAUCGUUCAAGAGACCAAUGACUCUAAAAGAACGCUAUCCGGAUUACUUUACGGAAAAAAUAUUCAAAAAGGACACUCGUGUGCACGAUUGGAUCACAAGUAGCAUCAACGUGGUUUGCGCUGUUGGGAAAAAAUUCGGUCACGAUCCCGAUAAAUUGAGAAAAGCUUUCGAUCGACUGUACGAAAUCGUGAAACCUUCGGAGGUCCACCGCAACGCGAUAACGCACAGUGACCUUUGGACGAACAACAUAAUGUUCGACGACGGCAAACCAACGCCGAAAUCGGUUCUCGUGGAUUUCCAGGUGAUCAGGUACAGUCCUUUGGUGCUGGACGUUUUGAAGUUCUUGUACAUGCACACGUCCCGGGAUUUUCGCGACAAUCACGAGAAGGAACUGGUGCAGGUUUAUCACUCGGUGAUGGAAGAAACGAUAAAAAAUAGUAAAAUGUCGGGAGUAGCCGUGGCUCCGACGUUGCUGGAAAUUACUUAUGCGAUGGACGAUUUGAGGGUAUAUGGGCCCGGUAUGGCUACUUUGUACCUACCGGCGGUAUUGUUGGAUCCGGAGAUGCUGAAAGAGGCAACCAAAGACUCCAUGGACUUCUUUUUCUCUGAUAGGACUGACUUAACUUUAGAUUUAUUGGAAAAAAACAAAGUGUAUCGAGAUCGGAUCAAGGAAGCUGUUGAUGAAUUAUCCAUUGUUUGUAACACGUUACAGUGAAUUUUGCCUUUUGCUCGGGUGUCGUAUAACAACAUCUGGUGUAGUCAGUUUUUUUGUUUUUUUUCCUCUCUAGUAACACAAUGUAUUAUUAUUCCUCGUAGUUACAUCUUCUCUGGACACGUGAGUUCGAGAAAUGUUUUUAAAUAAUUUUUCCACAAGUAUUAUUUCAACUCUUUUAGAUAAUUAUGUAACUAUGCAUCGAUUAGUCUACUAAAAAAUUUUUUAUUCAUCUCUGUACGCCUUGCUGAAAAACUUUCAGUACAUCUGACAUUUUUAUGCAUUUGAAAUAAUAUUUAAUAUACUCUGUAUCCAUUCUUCUUUAAAGCACAUACAUAUACAUAUAUUACUAUUGUUGUGAUAUACAUGUAAAGAUACAUCCGUAUGUGAUUAUGCAACGAAAACAACAAUAUUAACAUACAUAAAUGUGGUAAACAAUGUACAGCUAACGAACGUGUGGGUGUAUAGAUAUGCCCAUAUAUAAAAUGUGUUUGCGUGAAAAAAGUUUCGUAAGGCUAGUAUUUCGUACAUGUAUGAAUAUUGUACGAUACUGGUAGGUAGGUACAUACUUAUUGACUAUAUUUUCUGAUAUCAAGGAAUUAAAUGAUAAUAAUGAAAUGCCAAUAAAUUAAAUGAUAACGGGAAAAA